AUGAAGUGUAACUUGGAAUCAUGCUCAGACAGUUCCCUAGUUAUUUCAACUUCAGUGGAGCGACAGAAAACACUGUUGUUGUCAGAGAACGCCGAGUAUUAUAACGAAGAAAAUCGUCACGACGAAGGCUCGGAAAGGAAAAGAAUGGCUCGAACACAGCUGGUGAAGUACAAUGCGGAUAUAAGAAUAUGCGAGACAGAGAUUGCUGUGGCAAAAGCUGAAAAGGGCAAAUCCAUGAAAGCAGUGAUCGGUUUGCAUGUAGAAAAUCGAGAGGAGUGUGGAAUUCACUUCUAUGUCAACAACCGUUUAAUCAUAUUCGGACACAAGUCAAAAUUCUGGAACAAGAACGAGGAAGCCAUCGGAAUAUCGGUUUAUAUGGACUUGAAAUUCUGUCGAUUCCGUCCGACGAGCAAUAAACAAGGUUUCGAGUGUCUCAAAGAUUUCAACGCUAUUGUCAAGAAAUGCGAUCAGACUGUGCAGAUUUAUCACGAUCAUCUCAAGAACAUCUGGAUUCCGAGACAUAUGAAAAGCGAAUGGCCUCUUCAAAAGGGGAAACACGAUUUCAAGAGCUUCUGGAAGACUUAUGGGUACGCCAGUCUUGACAAUAAUUGCAAACAGACAUAUCUAGAGGGAGCGCCGCAGAUGAAUAGACAAGCGGUGAUUGAGAAAGAAUGUGGGAUUUGGAAAUUGUGUUUGAAAUGUCGCAUGUGGAAACGAAUCCGGAAUCAAUCAGAGGUAUUUGGACCAAUCUCGGAUGAUAUGUUCCAGUGCAGAAAUGUCAAACGAGUAUGUGGAAAUGAACCAGACGGAGAAGCUACAAGAUCUGAUCUCCCGCUCAAAGUCAAAGAACCUGCCGAUGUGAAAAGCAGUGCUUCUGCCAGUAUGUUGUCAGCAAGACAAGCGCCAACUUCAUCUUCGAAUCGUUGGAUGAUGCCUUCAACAAGAGCGAAGAAUAUUCCCACGACUUCAUCGCUUCCCAGCUUCAGACGCAAGCCCGAACCAUCACCCAAACAAGCUGAUGACUUCUCAGGAAUCGAGGACGAUGAUGUUCUUCCAUUCAGUGGUAGUGGACCUAGAAGAUCCCCGCGUAAGGAGCACAAACCGAGUCUUUUUGACAUUGAUGACGAUAUUGAUGACGAGGAGGUGCCACCGCCUAGAAGAAGAGCACGGAUUGCUGCUUCCGAUAGCGAUUGCUCUUCUGAGGAGCCAGUCAGAAAAAUCGCAGCAUCUUCUAAGCCGAGCAGACCGGCAGCAAGCCAAAAUCGGCGAUCAACAGGAGCUGCUGCAAAGCCAGACUAUGAAAGAAUCCAGAAAGCGCAACAAGCAGCCGACGUGUUAAAAAUCAAGUGGAGCUCGUCAAGAAGCGAAUCGAUCGUCGUUUUUCUGAGAAGUGGUCCGAUCACAAUAUGCCCAUCUGUCACAUGA